AUGAAACAACCAACGACAGAAUUCUGGAUGGAAACGAGAGCCCGAACUCGUAAGGCUUCAAGUUCAACCAUCCCAAAAAAGACAAACGCACCAGCACAUCAUACACCUUCCACGAAGAAGAAAGUGUACGUUCUCGUUCCAACAAGUCCGUAUCCAAUUCCCGGCAGAAAUAUAUCUGGCAAAGGACAAUUUCGCCAGGAGGUCGAAGUGUCUGACGACGAGGAGGAAUCUCCCUUCCAAACUAAGUCAGCCAUGGACUCUCUGCUAGAUGUACGAUACACAAUUGAGCAUGAGGACACAGAGGAGGCAGGUGAACUUGAACUUAGAAAACGGCCUUACAAUAUUCACCCAAAAUCCCAGGGCCGAGCAAACACUGACGAAAUCAUGGAGGAUUUGGUGAAAUUCAGAGAAAAUCACGAAAGAUACCUGAAGCACGGAGUGACGAUAGGGGAAUCAGCGGUUAGCAUUGCCACGGAACCCUUUGGGGUUUCUGGCUCACAGAGAACUGCUAUACGAGCUGAUCUUACAACUCGCCAAAUACCACACAACACUACUGCGGCGACAUCCCGUGGCGGGCCUACUAACCCGCUCGUAGCAUCAUCGCGCACUGACCCAUCUGGUGGUCCACUUCCUCUUAACCGACUUUCCAGCCUGGCCAGCGUCGUGCCAACCGAAAUUGUCGAUCAAGACAAACUGCGCCAACAGUGGGUUGAGCACCAGUCUACUCACCCACCCUCGGAAGGGCCUGCUCUUCCUAACGAUAUAAUCCACGCCGAGCGGUCGGAAAUGCUUAGGCGAUACAUCCAAGAGCAGAGCGAAUGGUGA